UGAGCUUCACUUCCCUCGACUAACGGAGCUGCUGUACUACUGUCAUCCUGACAGCUACACUUCCAGCUAAACUAAUACAUCAUAUUAACACAACAAAAUCAAAAACAGAUGUCGGGAGGCGUGAGAACGAGGUUCGCUGCAGGUUAAAUUAGUCUGUUAGUGUGAUAAAGGGUGGUUCUCAGUAGCGGUAGCUGGCUAAAGUAGCUCAGCCCAGCUUUGUUUACGUUGCUAGUUCAGUUCAAGCAGCUUUCAUAGUGGGUUUAGCAGCAUAUAAACGCUGUUAUAUUGUUAGAGCACAUCAUCUCAGCGGCCUGGCAUCUUAAAUUUACUCUUAUUUGGCUGAAAAGAGUUUUAUUUGUGCCUGUGCUUCAUUAAACGUCAGUAUGGGGAUGUGUUUGCCCUGUCUGAGUGGAGCUGAGGAUGAUGUAGCAGUCACACCAGACCCUGAGACAAGGAGAAGACAGCUAGCAGAUGCUGCAGAGAAGAGACAGAAAGAGACCACCUACAGAGGUAUCAAAAACCCAGAAGCCUUGGAGAGGAAAAAGAAGAAACAAGAAGAGACAGAGAAACAGACCAUGAACUCUGUACCUUCUGGAGGCGGCGGGCUAAAGUGGCAGGUUGGCUAACACAGGCUUAAAGGAAGAUCGCUGUUGUGUCUACAUCGGGGGUCAACCUUCAUCUGCAGUAUUUCCCGCUGACUUGAGAGAUUCUUAAAACUCUUUGUUCUUUCGGUUCUUAUUUUGAAGUGUCCACUAGCCAGGGGAGUUUGCAUAGAGACCAGAAUUUUUGCCAAGCUCCUGCACAAAACUCCUAAUCCUCCAGGCCUUCUGAAUGGCCAGUGUGCAUUUAGGCCACGCCCCUUCAAAUGCCAAGAUGGACUAGCUAGUUGGGUUUCUGGGAUAGUGAUUUUAGCAAUUAAUGUUUUUCCCCUCAACCUGUUCAGUUUAUGUUUAUGCAUCAUUUCACAAAUGCAGCUUUUGUACCAAUGUGCUUUCUAUUUUUGACAUCGAAAUCUGAGAUCUGAAUGUCAUUUUAAUACACAUUUAUACAAGUGAAAAGCAUGUUUUAUAUUGGUUUUUGGAUAAUUUAAUACAUAUUUAACCAGUCAUAUUUAUGCAUCAGUUACCAGUGUGUUUUGGUUGUUACUCAUAGUGCAUUUUGCGAUUUGUCAGGACUUGAAGUAUAAUGAUAAUAGACGAAAGAUAUGACGUCAGUUAGCACUUUCACUGCCUGUUGAUUGUAUGACUUGCUGUUCUUAUGAACCAAAUUGAAUGUGCAUCACUUUAUCUUAUCAAACACAUUGAUUUCUCACCCUUUCUACAGGGCUUCGAAGAAAAUCUUAACUUAUCGUAUUUAAACUGUCUUGGUCAUGCAGAAGUGACUGUAGCAGCCUGAGCUAGAGUGGUUAGUGUGGAAUAUAUAUUAUAUCUGUAGAAACUCUGAGUGAACUCUUCAUAUUGCCUUUGAUGCAUUUCUUUUAUGUUACGCUCUUGAGUUGUUAAGUCUGCCAACAGCAACUCACUCAACGCUUGUGACAGGGAAA